CAUCACGCGAUCAUUGAGGAUGUUCCUUUGACAAUUUGUUUCCGGUCACUCAAGCUUUUGGUGUUUAUAGCUGUGGAUUUCUCUAGCGAUGAAAUAUUUUAUAGGCUUCUAUCCGGUUGCACUGACCUUCAAAAACUAGCAAUGGUUAUACGCAGCUAUGGCAACGUGAAGACUUUCACAAUCGCAGUUCCUUCAUUGGAGAGCUUACUAAUCAUGGACUCGAAAUCUGGUUCACAAGUUCCAGGAGAUGAUGUUGGGAUCGUGGUCAAUGCUCCUUCUUUAAAGUUGUUAAAUAUUUCUAACCGGUUUCAAUGGGUUUGUUCAUUAGUGCAUAUGCCAAAGCUCGUGAUAGCUAAUAUCAAGCUUCGAGAUGGUAAUUCUAAGAAGCUUCUCGGAUGUCUUACCUCAGCCAGACACCUUUCCUUCUGUUUGAAAAAACCACAAAUGGAUUCAUAUCCUAUAGGCGUCUUUACUCAGCUUGUGUCUCUAAAAAUCUGUGCAUGUUCUUCAGAUUGGUUCCGUCUUAUACUCAGACAGACUCCUAAACUCCGAGUUCUCCGAUUCCAACUUCAAGUAAUAUUGAUUCCGAGCCUCCAAAACAUUAGUGAGAGAUGUUUCAGCAGUACCGGAGAAGUCCAGACUCAGUGGGAGCGACCGAGUUCUGUUCCUAAAUGUUUGAUUUCGAGUCUCGAAACUGUCGAGUGGAUUGAUUACAAAGGAACAGAAGCAGAGAAAAAAGUGUUGAUGUAUUUGUUAGAGAACUCUAGGAAGCUGAAGAAGAUGGCUAUUAGACCCUUAAAAUCAACCAUUUUGGAAGACAGAUACAAGAUGCUGCAAGAGGUAUCGUCUAUGGAGAGGAUUUCUAGCGAAUGUCGGCUUUCGUUCAGCUGA